AACACUAAAUGUGGUUAAUUUGCUUCAUUGUCAAGAGACCUGACCGGGUCUGCGGUUUCCUGUCGGCAUUCGCCUGUUGGUGGUGCAGGUCAGCCUGUUGUUCAAAGUUCAAUAAAGCUGCGCCAAAGAAAAAAUUGUGACGUCACAUAUCCGGCCCCUCCCUGCUGCCUCAGCCGCCCUGAAGUCCUCAUUUUCCGCCCCGAGGCUGCACAAAGUGCCUCCGCUCUGCCGGGACCAAACUCCCAGGACCUCACACGUCACGGUGAGUCUGCGCGAGGCGCGUGCGGUUCUGUCAGCGGCCGCGUGCCACCGGGCUCGCGAGGUUUACAGCGAAAGAGGAGAAUCCCGCAAUCACCGUCGAAGACCGCCGUACUCCUUCGCUUCAUCAUGAAUUUCUUUCUGGAGACCAUCCAAGUCCUCCUGCUGUCCAUCUGGUUCAAUGUGGAGUCCUUCAUCCACCUCUUCGUACCCAGGAAGAAGAAGAACAUAUCGGGUGAGGUGGUGCUGAUCACGGGGGCGGGCAGCGGCAUCGGCCGCCUCAUGGCGCAGGAGUUUGCGGCUCUUGGCACGGUGCUGGUCUUAUGGGACAUCAACAAGGAGGGGGUUAAGGAAACAGCGCGACUUGCUCAGAGCAAUGGAGCCGUCAAAGUCCACCACUACGUAUGUGACUGCAGCGACAAGAACGAGGUUUACAGAGUGGCUGACCAGGUGAAGCGUGAGGUGGGCGACAUCAGCAUUCUGGUGAACAACGCUGGAAUUGUGACCGGGAAGAAGUUCAUCGAUUCCCCAGACUCUCUGAUCGAGAAGACCAUGGAGGUCAACACCAUGGCUCACUUCUGGACCUACAAGGCCUUUCUUCCCGCUAUGAUUGCCAACAACCACGGUCACCUGGUCAGCAUUGCCAGCUCUGCUGGGCUCAUAGGAGUCAAUGGAUUGGCAGACUACUGUGCCAGUAAGUUUGGAGCGGUCGGCUUUGCGGAAUCGGUGGGUCUGGAGCUGCUCGCCAUCGGAAAGGAUGGGGUUAAAACCACCAUCGUGUGCCCUUAUUUCAUCAACACUGGGAUGUUUGAUGGAUGUCAAACCAAGUGGCCGACCGUGCUGCCCAUCCUGGAUCCACACUACGUGGUCAAGAAGAUCGUUAACGCCGUCCUCACAGACCAGGUGUACCUGCUGCUGCCAAGGAGCAUGUACAUCAUUACUGCUCUGAAGAAUGUCCUCCCCAUGAAGCAAGGACUCCUUCUGGGCCAAUACUUGGGAGCCUUCAACCUCAUGGACACAUUCAGGGGACGCAGCCGGAAACAGGAUUGAAGAUGAGAUGAAGAUGAGAGCCGGGAGGGAGACGCAGUCAUUUUAUUUCAAUAAUAAUCCUCAGCAUGCUUCCAUCCAGUCUACAUAGACUGGACUUUAUGAAACCAUUUGUACUCACACCUCUGUAUGCUAAUUAUUAUGAUGUUAUUUUGUUUUUAUUCUACCAAACCACUUAUUUAAAGAAUUUAUAAUUAUGAAUGACAUUUUAUGACUGAUGAAUGAUGCAUUCUUGUUAUUUUUCCAGAUAAAAGCUAUUCAUAAAUAUUUAAAUACAUGAAAGUUCCCACUUUUUUUCUUUCCUGUAGCCAUAACUCUGAUUUGAGGUUCAUUCUUUUUAUUUCUGAUGCAGAUUUACUUGAACCUGAAGAUGAUUUCUUUCUUCAAGUAAAGUUUAUUUGAGUUUCCUCCACUUUCAUUUCAUUCACUCAUCAAAAAGGCCAUUUUCUGCUGAGAGGACAAACAUAAUCUCCGUUUAUUCAGACUACACUCAGAACCUGGACCUACUCUGUGGGGGUGCAGAUGCAGCUUCACCAGGUUUAAAUAAAAACCUCCACAUUCACCUCAAA